AAAAAAAAAAAAAUCUUUCGCGGAACAAAAAUAUCCAUCGCACAAUACGUUGUGUUUCAACAGUCCCACACUAGUCAACACCUUACACCCCCACUGAAUCAUCAGGAAUAUUCAGGAUGGAUUCCCAAAAUCCGCGCCCUCAUACUGACGAUCAUCACCAUGAUGAUAUUGAUCGCCACCAUCAUCAUCAUCACCAUCAGCAGCAUCAUCAUGCCCACGAGGGCAAAGAAGCAUCAAAUAAAUGGGUGGGUGAAGAUGGAAAAGUAUACCAUAGCCAUGAUGGAUUAGCACCACAUUCCCAUGAACCCAUUUACUCUCCUGGCUAUUUCAGCAGAAGAGCACCUCCUUUGACAACCAGAGAUUUCAAAGAGAGGGCUUUUACUGUUGGUAUUGGAGGUCCGGUUGGAACUGGGAAAACAGCGCUAAUGCUUGCUUUGUGCAAAUUUUUGAGGGACAAAUAUAGUCUUGCUGCUGUUACUAAUGACAUCUUUACAAAGGAAGAUGGAGAGUUCUUAAUAAAGCACGGUGCACUACCAGAGGAAAGAAUACGUGCGGUGGAAACAGGCGGCUGUCCACAUGCUGCUAUUCGUGAAGACAUCAGCAUAAAUCUUGGUCCUCUUGAAGAGCUUUCAAAUCUAUACAAAGCAGACAUACUUCUUUGUGAAUCUGGGGGAGAUAAUUUAGCUGCCAACUUUAGCAGGGAACUGGCAGACUACAUCAUUUACAUUAUAGAUGUAUCUGCUGGAGACAAGAUUCCGCGCAAGGGAGGACCAGGCAUCACACAAGCUGACCUUCUUGUUAUAAACAAGACUGAUCUUGCCCCUGCAGUUGGAGCUGAUUUGGCCGUCAUGGAGAGAGAUGCACUUCGCAUGCGGGAUGGAGGACCAUUUGUCUUUGCUCAGGUGAAGCACGGGUUAGGCGUUGAAGAAAUUAUCAACCACAUUCUGCAGGCCUGGGAAGCGUCAACCGGGCAUAAGCAACACUAGUUUUUCCGACAUGAUCUUUCUUAUGAGUUUUCUAAGAUUUUUCUCUGUGCACAGGAGUUAUGCUUUUUAUUUCUUUGUUUUCUUUUUCUGUGUAGUCUUUUCUUUCAGAAAUCCUAUGAACUGUUUUCUGCUUCGAGUAAUCGUGGUUCAUGCACUCAUCA